AUGGUUGAGGAUGGAGGGUGCUGUGGGAAGUGUAUUGAAGUGGCCUGCAAAAUCAAACUGAGUAACGGCAGCAUCCAUGUGCUCAAGGUGGAUGAGAUCCUGCGGCUCGACAACUGCAGCCACUACAAAUGUGAAAAAAUCGAAGAUCAAUUUGUUGCAGUCCAAUCUAAACGAGUCUGCCCUGCCUAUGAGCCAGGAGAGUGUGAUCCUAAUGAAACAGAGACAACUCCUGAUGGCUGCUGCACAGUGUGCAAACCUCCAAACUGCAAACCUUACAGCAAGAAAACAGUGAUCCGCCAUGGUGACUGUGAAUCUCCCGAACCCGUCGAGCUGUCAUAUUGUGAAGGAACUUGUCCUGGCUCCUCAGUGUACUCUCUUGAGGCAAACCAGAUGCAUCACGAGUGUAGCUGCUGCUACGAGUCCGGCACCCAGACCAGAGAGGCGACCCUGACAUGCCAAAAUGGGACCAGCAUCAAUUACAGGUAUCUCUACGUGGAGAGGUGCCAGUGCAUCAAUGGCUGUUCCUCAGAAAGCUCUGCACAGCAAGAUCUCCAAACCAAAAAAUCCACAGGGUAUGCUGCCCUGCAAAAGAGCAUCCUGGCCAGAUGAGCACUGGAAAGAGAAAGUCAAGACCCUAGGGAAGAUGGAAUCAUGUUUUCUUUCUCAGCACAACUUGUGUAACAGAUCUUACCUCAGUUUCUGUUAUCACUUUUCCUCACUUCUGACUUGUAACAAAAAGAAGGAAAAAAAAAACACUAUAAAAAUAAAAGUCAAACAAUGAAA